UCAUUGACGUCUUAUUUUGAUAAAACAAUAGAUAUUUUAUACGUUUUCAAAAUAUUUUAAAAUUUCGUGCUCAAAAUAGAACAGUGUGUAUUGAUAAUUUAACUUUAACAUUGUUAAAUAUAUUCUAACCAUCUAUUUAAUUCAAACGAUUUUUAAAAUGCCCCGAGGUAAGUGGACUAAUCACAAAGGCCGAAGUCGUAGGUUUACAAAUCCUGAUGAACUAGAAGAACAAAGAAAACGUGAUGAACAAGAACGGAAAUGGAGAAGUAAUAGGGGUGAAGAGUCCUCUAGUGACGAUGAGGAAGAAAAACCUGCAACUAAAGAGGAUAAAAGUAAUAGUGAGGAUGAGACGGAGACUGAAUCGGAUGAAGAUUCUGAUGAUAAAAAAAAAGGUGUUGCUGGACUUAUACAGAUUGAAAAUCCUAAUAGAAAACAAUUGAAAGCUAAGAAAUUAGCUACUCUCAAUGAAACAUUAGAAACUGCUGAGCCAGCACAGUUAUCUAGACGAGAGAGAGAAGAAUUAGAAAAACAACGUAAAAAAUUACAUUAUCAAAAAUUACAAGCAGAAGGUAAAACUGAAGAGGCAAGAGCAGAUUUAGCUAGAUUAGCAAUCAUUAAACAACAACGAGCUGAAGCAGCUAAAAAACGUGAAGAAGAAAAAAAAGAAAAAGAAAUGGCUAAACUACAAAAAUCAGCUGAAACUCAAAAAGCUCUUGGAAAACGGUGAAACUAUUAUUGACUGAUAUAUGUAAUAUAUAUAUAUGAGUACUGUUAUGUUCAAAGAUCAGUUAUUAAGUAUCCGUUUUAUAAUAUCUUAUAUGUAAUAUAAUACAUUUACCAAGUUAA